AAGGUUACCAUUUGGAACCUUGAACCACAAAACCAGACAACUUCUUGUGCAACUUUUCUCUUGUUUUUUCAGUAUUUGAUUUCAUUUAUCUAGUCAUCGAUUCAUCUUCAAGCAGAAUCUCUCUGUGUCAAACUAUGACUUCCUUCAUCAGCCUCGUAAUUUUUUCAAGCUGGAUGACUCUGGCUUUUACUUUUCCUCAUAACACGUUUGAGAACAUUUUGAAAAGGUCACGGGUCGAUGUUGAAUCCUCUGGCAGCGGACCAGAUGAACCUAUCCAAGGAAUAGUCCGGGUUGUUCAGCUGGACCAUCGCGCUCUGGCCCAGUCAGGGUUCUUCAGAAAGGGAAUGACCGCCAGGAGAGCCCCCUCACUCAGCUCAAGGUUGCCCUUCCCUGCCUUCUUGUCUCAGGGGCGUCCAGGUCCGGCCCCGGCCUCCAAGGCUCCAGUGAGUCCCCUGCACCACCUGCAAACUAAAGGCCCCACUGAAAUGGAACUGAAGAAGAGACAGGGGCUGCAGAUGUGGCAAAGAGCCAUGGAUAAAGGAGGCAAGUUGUCCCUGCCAGUCAACCUGAAGGACACGAAACAGACAUGCACUGCGGUGCCUUUCACUCAGCGUGUGACCGCAGACGGAUGCGAGACAGUGACGGUGCACAACAAGCUGUGUUUCGGUCAGUGCAGCUCUCUGUUCGUGCCGUCCGAAGGAGAGUUUGCCGGGUUGAGCACCGGGACAGGGGCCCUUCCCCGCCGGGCCCCCUGCUCACGCUGCGCUCCAUCCAAAGCCCACACCGUGACUGUGCCCCUGCGCUGUCGGGGAGAGGUCCGGGAGAAGCUAGUGAUGGUGGUGGAGGAGUGCAAGUGUGAGACGGGCAUCGAGGAGAGAAGUGCAGAGGCCGCGGCGUCCAUGCUGUACAAGCUGUUGUAACAAAAACACAUGACGUGACUGCUGUGAUUAUUCACUGACAGUUGAAAUAGAGGAAUGAGGAGACGUGAACUUUUCAUUUUAAUUGACACCUUUAAUUCUCUCUAAGUUCCCUUUGUAUAAGUAACUAUGUGUGAAUUUUAUUUGUAUAUAUGAGUCUGAAUGUGAUUUUCAGAGUAAAAUAACUUGGUGGUGUAUUCCACCUCUUGAUUGUUGACAAAAUGACCAGUAUCCUCUUGGUCAUGCAGUUUUCUGUUGCAACAAAUGAAGCUGUCCAUACUGGAUGUGUGUAAAUGUACAAAACCGUGUUUAGAUCCAUCUAAACUGAAAUAUUGUGAUGACUUUCAUUAAAAAUGUCCCAUUUGUUCAAA